UUUCCCUUUUGCCACCCCCGGGAGGGGGCUGAAGGUGUGAAUGAAAGAACCAUUCAGGCUGAGCCUCCCUCCUGGCCUUAGAGAUGAUUUCCAGGCUGCAGCUUACAGGAGUUUGGGUCAGCACCAAAGCCUUCUCCUUGUUCUGGAAUCAGCUGUUGGACAAAUGAAAGCCACUUCCAGUGUCCUCAGCUGAACAUCCAGCGCCCUUCCUGAUCCCUGAACUUCCCUCUUUGCUUCAUGCACAUUUACUUAGGAAAAGAAAGUAGCGAGUGUCGACAGAUCCGUGCAGAUGUCUUUAAUCAGCUCCAAAAUGUGUAAGAAUGGCACAAAGAAGCAUAAUAAAGUCAUGUGUUUUAUUUUAACACUCUUGCAGGGUCAAGAGCCAAAUUGUUUCGGCUGCGUUUGGUUCUUGAAGCUGUUACAGGAUCUCGCCAUAAGUUUUUCCAUGAUUACGAGCCAUGCAAGAACAGAAAGUAGGGUUUGACCCAGUGUUUAAAUACUGUGAUUUGCAAGGGCUUUGAAGCUGCGCUGCCUUACAAUGAAGACUUAAGUAGUAAUUAAAUUCCCGAAGAUCCGCCAAGACUCCUCCGGCUGCGAUGGGGAUGUUCCGUGCCCGGGCUGCGGCGGCGCGGGGGGAAGGAUGUUUGAACAGGACUCCGUCAAAGCAGCGAAGACUUCCGUAAGACAUGGAUAGAUGCAAACAUGUUGGGCGGCUACGACUCGCCCAGGACCACUCCAUCCUGAACCCCCAGAAGUGGCACUGCGUGGACUGCCAGACCACGGAGUCCAUCUGGGCCUGCCUGAAGUGCUCCCACGUGGCCUGCGGGAGGUACAUCGAGGAGCAUGCACUUAAACACUUUGAAGAAACCAGGCACCCCUUGGCCAUGGAAGUGAAUGACCUGUACGUCUUUUGUUACCUUUGUGAAGAUUAUGUCUUGAAUGAUAACCCGGAGGGUGAUUUGAAACUGCUGAGAAGUUCCCUGUCAGCGAUUAAAAGCCAAAAGCAUGACCCAUCCACAAGAAGCGGCAGGACGCUGCGGUCGAUGGCUUUGGGGGAGGACGUGUGCGGCCAUCAGAGGAGCCCUCAGGGACAGUCUCAGAUGCUGACAGCCCUCUGGCACAGGCGCCAGUCCUUGCUGGCGAAGGCGCUGCGGACCUGGUUCGAGAAGAGCUCCAGGGGCCAGCGAAAGCUAAGGGAGAAGCAGCAAAGGGAAGAGCUGGAGAAGAAGAAGGAGGCGGCGAGGCAGCGGCGGCGGGAGAUGAAGAGGCAGCUCCUGGAGGAGCUGGCGAACGCCCCUCCCAGGAAGAGCGCGAGGCUCUUGUCUCACGUGCGCAGGGAGAGCUUGAUUCCAAGGAAAUUCAGGGAGGUGGCGACCGCUUCCCCUACCUCAAGGCAGAUGCAGAGCAGCAGGUUGAAGCAGUUCUAUUCCAUCCGGCGCAAGCCGCUCAUGACCCCCGGGGUGACGGGUCUGAGGAACCUGGGGAACACGUGCUACAUGAAUUCCAUCCUGCAAGUGCUGAGUCACCUCCAGAAGUUCAGAGAAUGUUUUCUGACGCUCGAUCUCUGUGAAACGGAAGAGCUCUUGGCUAAAACUGUGAAUGGCAAGUCCAGGAUGCCUGGCAGGUUGGCAAACGGGGCUGCUGCUAACGAGGCAGGGAAGACUGACAAAGUGGGAUCAUAUGGCACGCAGAGCUUGCCAGCUGGCUUAAAUGGUGGCUCCUCCAUAAGCAGGAGUUUGGAACUGAUACAGCCCAAGGAGCCGAGCUCAAAGCACAUCUCCCUGUGUCACGAACUGCACACCCUCUUCAGAGUGAUGUGGUCUGGCAAGUGGGCGCUCGUGUCCCCCUUUGCCAUGCUGCACUCUGUGUGGAGCCUCAUCCCGGCGUUCCGAGGGUACGAUCAGCAGGAUGCUCAGGAAUUUCUCUGCGAGCUCUUGGAUAAAGUGCAGCAGGAGCUGGAGUCGGAAGGAACGAAGCGCAGGAUCCUCAUCCCUUUCUCGCAGAGGAAGCUCACCAAGCAGGUCCUGAAGGUGGUGAACACCAUUUUUCAUGGGCAGUUGCUUAGUCAGGUCACCUGCAUAACAUGCAACUACAAAUCCAACACUGUGGAGCCCUUCUGGGAUCUUUCCCUGGAAUUCCCCGAGCGCUAUCACUCCAUGGAGAAGGGGAUUGUCCCUGUUCACCAGGCAGAGUGCAUGCUGACAGAGAUGUUGGCCAAGUUCACCGAGACCGAGGCGCUGGAAGGGAGGAUAUACGCGUGCGACCAGUGCAACAGCAAACGGCGAAAGUCUUCUCCUAAACCCCUUGUUCUGAGUGAAGCUAAAAAGCAGUUACUGAUCUACAGACUACCUCAGGUCCUCCGGCUGCACCUUAAACGAUUCAGGUGGUCUGAACGUAAUCACCGCGAGAAGAUUGGGGUCCAUGUCCUCUUUGACCAGGUAUUAAACAUGGAACCUUACUGCUGCAGGGACUCUCUCUCCUCUCUUGACAAAGAGACCUUUGUCUAUGACCUCUCCGCUGUGGUGAUGCAUCACGGGAAAGGGUUUGGCUCAGGACACUACACAGCAUAUUGCUACAACACAGAGGGAGGGUUUUGGGUCCACUGCAAUGACUCCAAACUGAAUGUAUGUAGUGUGGAGGAGGUGUGCAAAACCCAGGCCUACAUUCUGUUUUACACUCAAAGAACAGUGCAGGACAAAGCGAGAAUCUCAGAAAAACAACUCCAAGCUCAGGUGCCAUCCAGACACAGUGAUAAUAAGGACAGAAGAUUGACAUUCCCAUGAUGGGGAGCUCCGUGACUCAACCAACAGCCUCCGUUUCCUUUACAGCCAUUGGCGUUCACGUCUUUCCUCUUUGUAGGAAGAAAGGCUCACUGCGGGAAGGGGAUCAGCUCUUGACAUUGGCCACCCAGGGUCUGGAAAAGCCUGUCGAGCUGUGCCGUUCUGACACGUAAGGUUGCAGUCAGGAUCUUGUUUAGAAAGCAUCUCGUCGUUCAGUAUGCUCCCAGAAUGAAAUGGGAAGGUUUGAUGCUGUGUAUCCCUCAUCUCAAAAAGGAUGUGGGUAAGGCGUGUAAGAGCUGAGCACAACCAGGAUACUGAAGCAUUCAGCUGGCUUCAGAAACCUUCACUACCUGGUAAUGGUGAUAAAACUGCAGAAGGAGCAGGUACAGUCCCCUCCCCUUCAGUCGCUGUUCACAUUGCCAAGGUUUGAAACGCAGAUCACCCAGGUAUGUGUUGGGACAGUUGUUGGAUAGAUGGAGUUGACGGCCCUCAGAGCUGUUCUUGCUAGAGAAGUGUUAAAUGUUCUUCAACCAGGGAUAAUACUGCCCCGGGGCCUCAGCAGUCUCUGGGAUACCAAGUUCUUUGCCAUCCGUUGAGGGCAAACCCAUGGUGGGCAAGCUUUGUCAGCAGCUCCUCUCCUCUGUUUCUGGGGCUGUGUGCACCCUCGGUGGUUUGUUCUCCGGGCUGAACUGAACCGGCAGCUAAAUUCACAAGGAAUGUGAUUUAAAAACAGUUCUGCUCUGGAAAAAAAAAAAAAAAAAAGUCUGUUUAAAACACAAAACUCGGUCCUAAACCAGGAAUGUAGCAGUGUGUCAAAUCUGUUUACAGUGGCAGCAAAAACAAAGCCUGUGCUGCAGGCUUCUGCUGGCAUAGCUUGGUCGUCAGGAUGACAGAGGAGCCUGAGCCCUGGCUGUGACAGCAGAAGCGGGUGGCAUGGAGGCAUCUUACACUGGCAAAGUAGCACUUUCAUACAAGCGUGGUGUGUUUUCCUUAGGGGAACAGGGUGGUGGUGAGACCACAGCAGUGAGAGGCUGCUCCUAUUGCUCCUCUAAGGGGAAUGGCCACGGAUUGCAGUUGUCACACAAAGGAGGCUGUGCAGAGCUCAGCCUGCGCCGUCUUUGUUUCUGCUGGGCCAUAAAGGGAAGGAAUGUACUUCAAUGUCAAAUUCCACGUCGGGUUUGAAAGGCAACGAAAACGUCUGUAUGUGUGGUCGUCUUGGGUCUGGAAUUCUGUGGGAAGCACAGGGCCUUAGCUGACUAUUGACAGUCACUUCUCAGCCUACAGUUGCACCUCAGGUGUGGUUUUCUAAGUUGGGGUUUGGCGGUUCACAUGUCAUGUUCAAAUCUGAACCCUCUAAGGAGGCACGAUGUCUGUCAGUCUUCAUGGUCUGGGGAGGGUUUAAAGGUGAAAUAACCUCAAAAAUGAGCUGCUUAAAAACCGGUUCCAUUUUCAGGUAGAGAAGUUAUAAAAGUGUUUCUCUUCCUCCCUCUUUUUCUGCUCUUAUCCGUAUUUAUCCAUCACACACACACCCUGACAACCUCAUGCUGGUGGUGGAAGGGGGAAGAGGUAAGUCUCCCAAACGCUGUUCCUCCAUUUCCACUGCCACUACUGGGACUGUUCUGUCCUGUGGGCGCAUUGGUCUGUGCUGCUGUGGCUGCUGUUCCUCGCUGCAGCCGUGCAGGUGAACACAGCGAGCAGAGCACAGUGUGGUGCUAGGUCUCUGUCCUUGAGGUUCCCCAUUUCCCGUGUGUCUGAGCAACGUGCUGCUUUUUGAGGCACCAAAACCUGUCUUUUUUUGGCAAUUCGGUCUCAUUUUGACAUCAUGGGCUCGAAUUCUGUUGGAAACAAGACAGUUUUAAACCAGUUCCCAUAGGACUCUGUCAGAAGUUGUAGUUCUGGUUCUGUAGAUGUAGCAGCGUCUGGAGGGAUUUCAGUGAAUGUCUUUGUAGCCUUGUAUUUACUCAGUAGGGAAUUUACUACCAGUGAAUAAAAUGCAAGAGGCUAAAUUGCGACCCAGUAGCAGUUAAUUGUGGCUGCUGACUGCAGGGGAGGCUGAGUUGGCUUCAGCGCAGGUAGGAGUUGACAUUCCUGGAAGCAUCAGGAUCUUGGGAUUAUCAGACACAUGAUGGGUUCUUUUCUAGAGCUCUGGGAACGCUAUGUGUCAAAAAGAGAAUUCAAGGGAAAAGUAGUGCUUAAAAUUGCCUUUUUCAUCUUAGAGGUGGAAAGGAAAACUGGUAUUUUUCCCAUGCAUCCAUCCUUCCAGGCCUGUCCGCUCUUAAAUACGAGGAUUAUAUUCUCCUAAGUGGCAGUCACAGUUUAGUGUGGCUACCAAAUGCACGUUCCCUCUGAGUCCCUCAGUCCUGUGGGUGUCAAACUCAACAGGAAAGCAAACCUUAGUGCAGCAUCCAUUGAUCCUGCAGGGAGCUGAGGCUCUCUGCUGUGGUGCUCAUCUUUUGACUGAGUGUUUGGCAUUAAGAGUUGAAUUCAGUUGUCACACGAGGCGAGGGGGAGGCACAUUUGGUAGCGUGUGCUGGUGACACCUUUUGACAUGAGUGGCCUCUCCAUGUGUCAUCAGCUCGGUUGCGCUGAGAUGCAGGGAUACUGCAGUCAGAAAGUGAUUGCCCUGAUAGGGAAGGAAUGAAUUUAUACUUCAAAGGAUCUAAACUUGCUUUUUCCAACACUGUGAAGUUUCUGUAAUAUUCAGCUUUUAUUUGGAAGCGAGAGCGUAUAGCAUGUUUUAUGCUGUUUGGUUUAUAUUUGUCUACUGCAGGCUUCUUUAUAUAAGCAUAGCCCAGUGCUCCCUCUGUGGUGGACACUGUUUUAUAGUGUCCUGCUUGCCAGAAAUUCGGAUUGGAAGUUACCUCUUGGGUACCUCUUACAUCAGUAAGAUGAAGGUGCUGUAUCAUUAGCCUGUAAAGCAAACUUUGUCCCUCCUGUAAUGGUAUGGCUUCAAAUCCUGGUAAUAGAUUGAUGUCUAUUAGAAUAACUCCAGGCUUAGGCUCUGCUCUUGCAAAUACACAGGCAGGUGACAUGGCUUGAC